AUGACGCAGAUUUCCCCUGGCAAGCCAACAGGAGGUGUCCUCCAGAUCCCAGCGACCGCGACGCAGAAGAACUCAUCGUCCUCUAGAAAGAAUCCCAAGCCAGCUGCUCCGCGACUCAAACUACUAGUGAGACGGCUACCGCCCGGCCUGACGCAGACCGAGUUCGAGAAUGCGCUGGGAUCCGAAUGGGCGAUUGGUGCUGGGAAGGUGGAUUGGUACCAAUACAAGCCUGGCAAGAUAGCCAAAGAUCAUGCGAAACCAUCGAGACCCUCCCGUGCCUACAUUCACGUUACGUCCAGCGAACACAUUGCGUCUCUUUCAGAUAAAGUCCGACAAACCCCAUUCAUAGACAGCCGCAAUACCGUCAACGACCCGGUGCUCCUAGGGCCGCCAUCGCUCGAAUUUUCUCCGUACGCUAAGAUCCCCGGUAGUCGGGUCCGCAAGGAUGCUCGCCAGGGAACCAUCGAUCAGGACCCCGAGUUCAUUGCUUUUCUCGAGAGCCUUACACAGCCGAUCACGAAACCUGCUCCCGUUGAAAGUGCCGAGGCAGAUGAAAAGAAGGAAACGGUGACAACGACGCCUCUCGUCCAAUACAUCAAGGAGAAGAAGGCCAGCAAAGCCAAGGAGGCCGCCAGUAAAUCCUCGAGACACGCCAAGGGCGACAAAGAUUCCAAGUCCGAAAAGGUGCAAGCCAAGAGACUCCUGCAGCGACCGGAUAAGGAUACUUCCCAGGCCUCGCCCGAGAAAGCAGAGAAGAAACCCAGGACAGCCGAUAAGGCAGCCAAGGAAGCGGUCAAGGCAGCAAAUAGGGCCGCCAACGUCACCGUCAAGCAAACCGCCAAGCCAACAAGCCAAGUAGCGAGCAGGGAUGCUUCCCAGCCUGCUUCGCAGGGUGAGCGGAGAAGGGAGCGUGGGAAUAUCGCCGCUGCGGCCAAGAUUUUACAGAGAGAUCUGGGGCUUGCGCCUUCAGGCGCACGCCGCAGAGGUGGGAAGGGUACUCCGACAGAUACAGAACAGAAGAAGGAGGCGGAGGCUACUACAGAGGCUGGCAAGAAGGAUACCGCGACCAGAUCUGGAAAAGCCGCUUCGCCUGCCCAACCCGCGCCAGCGAAGGGCCGAGGAAACGCUCCUCCUCAGACAAGCGAACCCGCGUCAUCCCGUGGUCAGUCCAGCCCAGGCACCCCUCCUGCCAACGCGCCCACAGCACCGGCCAAACAGUCGAAAUCGGGGCGAGGAAAGCAAGCCGCAGCGGUCGCUUCUUCGACGGCUACACAGGCAUUCCUCAAGCACGCCAACCCGUCUCAGGGGGUCACCGAGCCAUUACUGGAAACCGCCUUCUCACCUUUUGGAAAGAUCGUGAAGGUGGAGAUCGACAAGAAGAAGGGAUUCGGGUACAUUGAUUUUACAGAACCGGGUGGUCUACAGAAAGCCAUUGCGGCUAGUCCUGUGACUGUGGCCCAGAGUCAGGUCGUGGUGCUUGAACGCAAGGUGAAUCCGGGCGCUGAGAAAGGCCGCGGGAAGGGUCGCAGUGAGCCCCCGGCCUCCAGUGCUGGUAGCACCAACGGCAACCGAGGAAAGUCUGGUGGAGGUGGAGAAGGGGGAUCCGGCGCAGCAACACCGUCUUCAUCGCGAGGACCCCGCGGUGGUCGUGGAUCUAGAAACAAGGGUGGUGCCAAGGGCAGUGGGGGAAACGCCGGUGCGAACGCGAAUGCUUCUGGAGGGAAGAGCUCGGAGACGAAAUAA